GUUGUGGGAAUUAUGUGAAGUGGGAAACGUCACAAUCGGCAGCGCCACCUGCGCGAAAUCGUGUGAGUCAUUUGUUAAAUUGAAAACAAAUGGAUUUUGACUUUUGAGAUAGUUAAAAAAUAAUGCCAAAAUACUUUCGAUAUGCGAAAUUCUUCCGUUUAAAAUGCGCGAAAAGGGUGAUACUUGCAGGCCGUCGCGUUCGUAAUGGCUGGUAUUAGUUGGUAUCAAUCAAACGGAAAAUGCUCCGCCCAAGAGCAGGGAAUGAGCGUCGAUCAAAUCCCACUAUACUCUCUGGGGGACGUGCAGCUGCGCUUCCUCUGCCCCGACGACCUGGACGAGGUGCGAGCCCUCUGCCAGGACUGGUUCCCCAUCGAGUACCCCUUCUACUGGUACGAGGAGAUCACCUCCAGCACCAGGUUCUAUUCUCUCGCAGCAGUGUACAACCAGGCGAUAAUCGGGCUAAUUGUGGCCGAGAUCAAGCCGUACGCUAGCCUCAAUGAGGAGGACACGGGGAUUCUGGCGAAAAAGUUCGCAGAGCGCUCCGAUAUCGCCUACAUUUUGUCCUUGGGGGUCCUCAAGCAGUACCGCCGCAACGGCAUUGCCUCUCUAUUGUUAGACUCCCUCAUUACACACCUGACCACUAGCGAAAGGAGGAAAGUCAAGGCUGUCUUUUUGCAUGUGCUUACAACGAAUUCCGCUGCCAUUAAAUUUUACGAACAUAGAAAAUUUAGACUUCACAGUUUUUUGCCUUAUUAUUACUCGAUUAAGGGGCGGUGCAAAGACGGGUUCAUGUAUGUGCUGUACAUCAAUGGGGGCCACCCGCCAUGGACGAUCUAUGAUUACGUUAAAUUCAUGUGUGGGAAAGUGUUGAGCGGCGGGGGAUUUUUUCCGUGGAUUUUGCUCAACGUAAAUCGAGCCAUUCAGUGGAUUUGGAACAGCAAAUCCAACACUCAGCACGAGGAAAAUUAACUAAGCUAGUCGAACGAACGUCUGGAAUUGCGUUUGUUAACCAAUUUGUAUAUAAUAGAGCGAUUUAGUCAGUCAUCACGUCUAUGAAAUUACAGUUUGUUAUUUCAGGUACCUGUUGUAGAAUAUUUUUAAAUUUAAUAUAUUUCGUCAUUUCAGUUCACGACUCAUUGCUUCAUUAAAUUUGAUUCUUUGACAAAUAUUCUUCAUUGUUAUAGCUAUGCAGUGCGUAAGUUGUUGUUUAAUUAUAUUUAUGAAUAGUUUUAUCUUUUGUUAUGUCCUGUAUUUUGUCAUACCAGUAUUAUUCCGCAAAAUACUGUAAACUUUGAAAGGUUAUUAAAUACGUAUUUUGUAACACACGUUUGAUUUUGCCAUUUCAAAAGUUAUAUCAAAAAGUUUAUUGUCUACAAUAAAAAAAUCACCAAAAUAAUUUUUGAAGUUCAAGGUAAGGGAAUAAAUAUUUACUUUGCUAACAAGUAAGCUCAUCUGUGAACAAACUAAUUACAUAUACUUUCCAACACCGAAGUCCCGAACGAAAAUUUUGAACACGUUUUAAUGUUUAUUGGAGGGAUUUUAAAUUCCAUUGGAAGUUUGGAAAUGUUUUUUUUUGGCUUUUAUUUUAUUGGGACUUUCUUGUUGAUAAUAUAGUAUUCUACCGAUGUUUUGAUGCAGAAUCAAAUUUGAAACCCGUUAGCUCCCAUCAGUGCCCCUUUUUCGUAUAAUCACGUUUUGUAAAUACUUGUUUUCGAAAAAAAAAACUUAGUUUUAGCAAAAGUUUCGGUUUUAAAAAUUAAAAAAAAAUUAAUCUAAUCAAAAAUUGGUACGAGUAUGUCCUUAAAAAGAAUUUAAUCAAAAUUGGUUAAUAGACCUGACCUGACCUGACCACUAGCGAAAGGAGGAAAGUCAAGGCUGUCUUUUUCAUGUGCUUACAACGAAUUCCGCUGCCAUUAAAUUUUACGAACACAGAAAGUCAGUUGAGGGCCAAGUUGCGAGCUGGUGUUACUUUCGGUUAUUUGCAGAUUUAGACUUCACAGUUUUUUGCCUUAUUAUUACUCGAUUAAGGGGCGGUGCAAAGACGGGUUCAUGUAUGUGCUGUACAUUAAUGGGGGCCACCCGCCAUGGACAAUCUAAUAUCCUUUUAACGAAAAUUAAUUGUAUUUAUUUCGCCUGUUUGUUUUUUUUUGUUUCAAUAUAUUUCCUUAACUCUUCACACUGAUUACGCUAAAUUCAUGUGUGGGAAAGUGUUGAGCGGCGGGGGAUUUUUUCCGUGGAUUUUGCUCAACGUAAAUCGGGCCAUUCAGUGGAUUUGGAACAGCAAAUCCAACACUCAGCACGAGGAAAAUUAACUAAGCUAGUCGAACGAACGUCUGGGAUUGCGUUUGUUAACCAAUUUGUAUAUAAUAGAGCGAUUUAGUCAGUCAUCACGUCUAUGAAAUUACAGUUUGUUAUUUCAGGUACCUGUUGUAGAAUAUUUUUAAAUUUAAUAUAUUUCGUCAUUUCAGUUCA